UUCAAAUCAAGAGUCGCAUUAGUAGUAGCAAUCUCGAACCAGUGUAUUAGUAAAAGUAGCAGUUUAUCAUGAUGCAUCUUCAUGCUCGUUAGAGUCUCUCGUCGACGUUUACCGCACUAGCAUCACUAUAUAGUCAAGCUAAUUCUAGCGAUCAGUGAGUGGAUCACUUAGACAGAGCCAAACACCUGUGAUUGUUAGGAAGUAUCGAAUCCUUUCUUUCCGGUAAAAGAAAAGAAAGAUUUAGAAGAAAUUUAUAUACAUAAAGUCUAAUUACUAUGUCUCCUGCUUUCCUUCCUAACGGUGCUACCAACGACACUGAAGCCCUUGACGACAGCCGUAUCUUGGGCUACAACCCUUUGGUUUCACCUGCAUUGCUCCAACAAGAAUUGCCCUCAACUGAGGUUUCUCGUAAUGUUGUCAAGCAAUCUCGUCGUGAGCUUCAAGCUAUUUUAAACAAGGCUGAUGAUCGUAUCAUUGUUGUUGUCGGUCCUUGCUCCAUCCACGAUCCCAAGUUGGCCAUGGAUUAUGCUAAGCUCUUGAAGCCCAAGGCUGAAGAACUUAAAGACUCUCUUUGCAUCGUCAUGCGUUGCUAUUUGGAGAAGCCUCGUACCACUAUCGGCUGGAAGGGUUUGGUAAACGACCCUAACUUGGACGGUUCUUAUGCUAUUAACAAGGGUCUUCACAUGUCUCGUAAGAUGUACUGUGACGUUACCGAUUUUGGUGUUCCUUUGGCCAGUGAAAUGCUUGACAGCAUUUCUCCUCAAUUCUUCGGAGAUCUUUUGAGUUUCGGCGCUAUUGGUGCCCGUACUACCGAAUCUCAAUUGCAUCGUGAAUUGGCUUCUGCCCUGUCUUUCCCUGUUGGUUUCAAGAACGGUACUGACGGUACUAUCAACGUUGCUGUUGAUGCCAUUGGUGCCACUGCCCACUCUCACACCAUGCUUGGUGUCAACAAGCAAGGUAUUGCUUCUAUCUGUAUGAGCAAGGGUAACAAAGACACUUUCAUUGUUUUGCGUGGUGGUAAGAAGGGCCCUAACUACGAUGCUGAAAAUGUUCGCGCUGUCCGCGAACAAUUAGUCAAGUCUAACCUCCCCCCUCGUAUCAUGGUUGACUGCUCUCAUGGCAACUCUUGCAAGAAUCACCGCAAUCAGCCCGUUGUUUCCAAGACCAUUUCUGAACAAAUUCGUAAUGGCGAUGACUCUAUCAUUGGUGUCAUGAUUGAGUCGCAUAUCCACGAAGGUCGCCAAGAUGCUCCUAUCAAGCCCGGUACCAAGGAGACCCUCAAAUACGGUAUUAGUAUCACUGAUGCUUGUGUUAGCUGGGAACAAACUGUUCCUAUGCUUGAAGAGCUUGCUGAAGCUGUUCGUGUUCGUCGUCAAAACGCAAAGAACUAAAGAAAAUUUUGGGAUUUCAUUCUUGGUUUAACAUCGUUUAUAAAAUUUACAGCCAGGGUUUAUAAUUUAUUCAUUUUGAGAAAGUAGUUUAUUUAAAAGUUUUACGUAGGUUUUCGAUUAUUGACUUUUUGCAUAAUAAUACAAAUGCUAUAUUAAUCGCAUA